CCUUCUGUCGGCAAAGAGUGGAGAUUACGCUUCAAUGUUCCACCUUCGAUGCAGAAAUUUGGAUGGGGAACUCCCAUCGGAUGCAGUCGUCAAGGUUCCAGGAGUGAUUUCGCUGGGAAGAUGAGAGGGAAAGUAAAUGAACUUGCUGAUGAGUGGUGUACAUCGGAAUGGUGGAUUAGGGGCUUCCAUCUGGUGCUUCGGGUGAUGAAGGCUAAUAAAGAAAAAUGGCAAACCUCCAGCAAUCAUGACAUAAAGCAGAUGGCAGAUGUUGCCACCUUGAUUGAAUAUGAAAAGCCUAAUAUGGGUGACUAUUUGUGGUUGCAAGGACUUGUCCAUUAUUGUUCUUUUCCGGAAUUACUUUCUAGAAAAUUGUCUCUCCUCAUUGGAUGGAUCAUUAUAAUUCAAUCUGAUUGAUCCUACUACCUUUGCACGCAUUUUCUGAUAUAUAUUCCACUCUUGAAGAGGAGUUACUGCUUCUCCUAGCUUCUGAUGCCAUCUUACGUUGUAACAAAGUUAUUGGUCUUGUGCAUGUAAUGGAGGAAUUGUUGUUUGUCAUAUACAAAUUGAUAUACUAUGUAAUCGUUAUGUACAUCUUCCAAAAAAUAAAAUAAUAGUGAUAUUGUUUAUUACCAAAUGGUAACAGGGAUGUUUCACCCGCCUUCACUGUGGAUGAGUACUAUAAAAUUCUGUCACUCCCAAGAAACCAAACAGCCUCUAUCAAUUUUCCAUGUAGCACCCCCUCCCUUGAACUUCAAGAUGCCUCUUGGAUCAUUGAUUUUGGAGUAGGUCGACACAAUUGUGCUAUAGCUCUAUUCUCUAAAACCUAAAACCGUGUCAUAAGCCUGUUAACCUACCUAUUAGAAAUCUAUUCUUGUUCACCAAGUUGGUGACGUCCCAUUCGAGUCAUUCACACUUGAUAAUGUCGUUCGUAUACCCCCAUUCAAAGUAAACCUCCUUUCAGUCGAUCAACUUACCAAAACAUUAAAGUGUUAUGUAACCUUUUUUUUUUUU